AUGCUGCCCUUCACAUCGUCGGGGUCCAAAGUGGUCCCCCGUCACCAUGUAAGCGGGUACUCUAACGGUUAUCCGCGAGGGAACACAUUUGAGAUUUCUCCCCACAGAUUCACACCACGAGGCACAACACCGAUAUCCCGAAGACGAAAACGCUUAUUCGUACGGCUCGGCAUCGUCGCGGCCAUCCUUUUCCUCUUCGGUCUGAUCACCUGGAACGGCGGCUCGGUCCUCUCGGUCCUCUCGCUCGGCCUGCUGUCGAGCAGCGACGACUUCCAGCUCGAGACGGUGCGAUACUAUGACCUGUCUAACGUCCAGGGCACCGCCAGGGGGUGGGAAAGGGAGGAGCGCAUCCUGCUCUGCGUGCCCCUGCGCGACGCCGAGUCGCACCUGGGCAUGUUCUUUUCGCACCUGAGGAACUUUACGUACCCGCACAACCUGAUCGACCUGGCGUUUUUGGUGUCGGACUCCAAGGACAGGACGCUGGAGGUGCUGACGGAGAGCUUGGAGGCGAUCCAGAACGAUGUGGAUGACAAUCAGCACUUUGGGGAGAUUUCGAUUAUUGAGAAGGAUUUUGGACAGAUUGUGAAUCAGGAUGUGGAGAGCAGGCAUGGGUUUGCGGCUCAGGCGCCGAGACGGAAGUUGAUGGCAAGGGCGAGGAAUUGGUUGUUGAGUGCGGCGCUGAGGCCGUAUCAUUCUUGGGUGUAUUGGAGGGAUGUGGAUGUGGAGACGGCGCCGUUUACGAUUUUGGAGGAUUUGAUGAGGCAUAAUAAGGAUGUUAUUGUUCCUAAUGUCUGGAGACCUCUUCCCGACUGGCUAGGUGGAGAGCAGCCUUAUGAUCUUAACUCGUGGCAGGAGUCAGAAACCGCCCUUGCUCUUGCCGACACUCUUGACGAAGACGCUGUCAUUGUGGAGGGUUAUGCCGAGUACGCGACAUGGCGGCCUCAUCUGGCAUACCUGCGUGAUCCUUACGGCGACCCAGAUAUGGAGAUGGAGAUCGAUGGUGUUGGUGGCGUCAGCAUUCUGGCCAAGGCGAGAGUUUUCCGUUAUGGUGCUCAUUUCCCGGCUUUCAGUUUCGAAAAGCAUGCCGAGACUGAAGGUUUUGGAAAGAUGGCCAAGAAGAUGCAAUUCUCGGUCGUGGGCUUGCCACACUACACUAUCUGGCAUUUGUACGAGCCUAGCGUUGACGAUAUCAAACACAUGGAGUUUGGUGAUACCACGGGUCAGUGGGAACAAGAUAAGACCAAGCUGCAGAACAUCGCGUUGCAAGAUAAGAAGGAGAAGGAGGCUCAGGCGGAGAAGAAGGCUGAGGCUCAGCCUGCUGCUCAAGCGCCAGCGCAAGGGCAACAGAAGGUUGAGGGGAAGCAGGAGGGUGCCAAGACGUGA